CAGUGGGUGGUUAUAUCACCAGGUGCCAGCGGAGAGGAGGGGUGGCUGGAAGGCUCAGGCCACCUUGAGAAGUCUGCAGCUACAGUGAGAGCCAGACCCCCGCCACCCACUGCCCAGGGCACCAGGGACAGUGGCAGCAGGUGCAGCAGUCAUGGCAAGGGCAGGACAUCCCCGGAAGUGGACAAUGGCUACCCUGAUUGCAACCCUGCUUCUGGGGGUCUCAGAGCCUGUUCUUGCUGAAGAUGUUUCCUCCUGUGGCAACCCCUCUGGCAAUGGGCCCUCCGGAACUAACAGAGACCUCAGCAGGGAGUCCGAGUCAGGGGAGGACACCCGGUCGGAUAGUAGUUCUCGCAUUAUAAAUGGGUCAGAUUGUGAAAAGGAUGCACAGCCAUGGCAGGGCGCACUGCUGCUGGGACCCAACAAGCUGUACUGCGGGGCGGUGCUGAUCACUCCACAGUGGCUGCUCACAGCCGCCCACUGCAGGAAGCCAGUGUACAGAAUCCGUCUGGGCCACCAUUCCACGUCACCUGUCUACGAGUCUGGGCAGCAGAUGUUCCAGGGAAUCAAAUCUAUCCCCCAUCCUGGUUACUCCCACCCUGGCCACUCCAAUGACCUCAUGCUCAUCAAAAUGAACAGAAAAAUCCGUGACUCUCACUCAGUGAAGCCCGUCAAAAUUGCUUCUAACUGUCCUGUCCAGGGGACCAGGUGCAUGGUGUCUGGCUGGGGGACGACGAGCAGCAGCCACAAUAACUUCCCCAAAGUCCUCCAGUGCCUGAAUAUCACUGUGCUGAGUGAGGAGAGGUGUAAAAACUCCUACCCCGGACAGAUAGACAAGAGCAUGUUCUGCGCUGGUGAUGAAGAGGGUAGGGACUCCUGCCAGGGUGAUUCCGGGGGACCUGUGAUCUGCAACGGCCAGCUGCAGGGCCUUGUGUCCUGGGGUGACUUCCCCUGUGCCCAGCGGAACAGGCCAGGUGUCUACACCAACCUUUGUGAGUUCUCUAAGUGGAUUGAUGACACCAUCAAAUCCAACUCAUGAUCCACACCAGCAUCACCCACUGCAAUGCGGAUGCUGCAGACAGUUUCCAGUCUCCCCAGACCAAGAUCUACGUCUCCUGGCAUCAAGAUCCUCAUCUCAAAUGGUGGACUGGCUGUUUCUAUAGCCAGACCCUAGGGGCACUUCCUGGAAUGACAAGGGUGGGGUUCAAACCCAUCAUCCUCAAUGGAUCCAUCCACAAAUCCAGAGUUGAGCCUUUUCUGCAGCCAUAAUUAGACCCAGAAAUAAAACCCAUGGGAAGAA